AUGUCUGCCAUCGUCCCCUACGGAGUCGUCUACCCGGAAAAGUACCAUGCCGAUCGAAAAGCUGCGGCUGAGAUUGCGACACAACUUGGCUUCAACGAGGUACGCUAUUACUGACGCUUGGCGUGAGGCUGGGACCGUCGUUGUCCCGAAUGCCAAUGAACGCGUCGACAGCAGUGCCGCGCUCGGGACCACCCAAGUUUCUAGAUCACGUGUGGGUAACGAACUGACGUGGGGGAGUACUCGUUCGUGGAACCGGAAAUAGGAGACUUUCAUCGAAGUGACCGUACAAUGGGGCGAUCAGGAUCCGAACGCUCAUCUCAACAAUGCCAUGUACUACAAAUACCUCGAAGCCGGUCAGUCCCUGCCAGCUCUUACCCGGUCGAAAGCUCGCGAGGUUCAAGAGCAAAAUCUUGCUUUUGACCGUCUUCUCGUUUCAUCCUACCUUUUCCUCCACUGAUCCGAGCCCCACUCUCUUUCACUCCCAACAGGUCGCGGCGCCUACGUCCGCAGUAUCACACGUAAACUCGAUGCGCGCACAGCUAAAGCCAUCAACCACGGUGCGCAAGGCCGCGGCCUCGUCGUCGGCCAAGUGAUGAACCGCUUCGAACGACCCGUCUACGCCCCCGAUCACCUGCUCAUCGCCCAUCGGGCGACCCAAGUCGCCAGAAAGAAAUUCGUGCUGACGAGUGUGAUCGUUUCGUUCGAGUUGAGUUCAAGCGCGCUGCGGAACCCUCGUUACCGUUUGGCUUGGUUCUGAUGGCAACCUCUCGGCGUUUUCUUUCCUUUCUCUGCAGUCAACGAGCGAAAGUCUGUUCGGGCGAAGCGAUCAUGGUCGGAUUUGAUUAUGACAACCACAAAGGUGCCGAACUUCCGAACGGUCUCUACGCCUUGAUAGAACGAGAGAUCAGCGACGCGGCAAAGACGAUCGCUGCCGCACAGCGGUCGAAAGCCAAAUUAUAG